GGUGAACCACCCUCAGCCUCAGCCUCAGCCUCAGCUCACCAUAUAUUCAUUCAUUUAGUAUAUAUUGAAUUGAUUUCCCAUUUCACAUAUAUUCAUUUAGUAUAUAUAACCCAUCUCAUCUCUCUCUAAAUCCCUCUUCAUUUUCGUUGCUCAAAAAAACGUUUUCUGUGUGGUUUUUCUGUUGACGAUGGAGUUUUGUCACGAAAAUGGCAACGGGCAUGGCCACGUGAUUAAAGAUCCAUUGAGUUGGGAAUUAGCCGCGGAGUCAAUGAAGGGGAGCCACUUGGAUGAAGUAAAAAGGAUGGUCAGAGAGUUUCGCCAGCCGGCCAUCCGCCUAGGCGGGGAGACCCUCACCAUUUCUCAGGUGGCGGCCGUGGCGGCGGGAUGCCUGCCGGUGAAGCUCAGCGAGGCGGCUAGAGCCGCCGUUCAAGCAAGCAGUGAGUGGGUUAUGGAGAGCAUGAAUAAAGGAACAGAUAGUUAUGGCGUUACCACUGGGUUUGGUGCUACUUCUCAUAGGAGGACUAAACAAGGUGGUGCUCUUCAAAAGGAGCUCAUCAGAUUUUUGAAUGCUGGAAUAUUUGGAAAUGGGACAGAGUCAUGCCACACAUUGCCUCACUCAUCUACGAGGGCUGCAAUGUUAGUGAGAAUCAACACACUCCUUCAAGGCUACUCUGGCAUCAGAUUUGAAAUCCUUGAAGCCCUCACAAAACUCAUCAACCACAACAUCACUCCAUGCUUGCCUCUCCGCGGCACAAUCACCGCCUCUGGCGACCUAGUCCCCCUAUCUUACAUCGCCGGGGUUCUAACAGGCCGGCCCAACUCGAAAUGUGUUGGGCCCACCGGAGAACCCCUUGAUGCCACUGAAGCAUUCCGUCGGGCCGGUAUUGAUGGCGGGUUUUUUGAGUUGCAGCCCAAAGAAGGCCUUGCACUUGUCAAUGGCACAGCUGUUGGGUCUGGAUUGGCCUCAAUUGUCCUCUUUGAUGCCAAUGUAUUAGCCGUUUUGUCUGUAGUUUUGUCAGCGAUUUUCGCCGAGGUUAUGCAAGGGAAACCGGAGUUUACGGACCAUUUGACACACAAAUUGAAGCACCAUCCUGGCCAAAUUGAGGCUGCAGCUAUAAUGGAACAUGUUUUAGAUGGUAGUUCUUAUGUCAAGGCAGCCCAAAAGUUGCAUGAAAUGGACCCGCUUCAAAAGCCCAAACAAGACCGGUACGCUCUCCGAACCUCCCCUCAGUGGUUGGGUCCACUGAUUGAAGUCAUUCGAUCAUCGACCAAGUCCAUUGAGAGGGAGAUAAAUUCGGUGAACGACAACCCCUUGAUCGACGUGUCGAGGAACAAGGCCUUACAUGGUGGGAAUUUCCAAGGCACCCCAAUUGGUGUCUCAAUGGACAACACUAGGCUGGCUUUGGCAUCAAUUGGGAAACUCAUGUUUGCACAAUUUUCAGAGCUAGUGAAUGACUUUUACAAUAAUGGGUUGCCUUCAAAUCUGUCCGGUGGCCGAAACCCUAGCUUGGAUUACGGAUUUAAGGGCGCAGAGAUAGCUAUGGCGGCCUAUUGUUCUGAACUCCAAUUUCUUGCUAACCCGGUCACGAACCAUGUCCAAAGCGCCGAGCAACACAACCAAGAUGUCAACUCUUUGGGGCUAAUCUCCUCACGAAAAACAGCCGAAGCAAUCGAUAUCUUGAAGCUCAUGUCAUCUACCUACUUGGUUGGGCUUUGCCAAGCCAUUGAUUUGAGGUAUUUGGAGGAGAAUUUGAAGAACACAGUGAGGAACACAGUAAGCCAAGUGGCUAAGAAAGUCCUCACAAUGGGCAUCAAUGGGGAGCUUCACCCUUCAAGGUUUUGCGAGAAGGACUUGAUUAAAGUUGUUGAUCACGAGCACAUUUUCACAUAUAUCGAUGACCCUUGCAGUGCUACAUACCCAUUGAUGCAAAAACUAAGACAAGUCCUUGUCGAUCACGCUUUGAUCAACAACGAUGACACCAAGAACAUGAACGCAUCCAUCUUUUUAAAGAUUGGAGCUUUUGAGGAAGAAUUAAAGACCCAAUUGCCAAAGGAAGUUGAGUGCACAAGAAGUGCUUUGGAGAGUGGAAAUCCAACGAUUCCAAACAGGAUCAAAGAUUGUAGAUCUUACCCAUUGUACAAGUUUGUGAGGGAGGAAUUGGGGACUGGGUUUUUGACAGGAGAGAAGAUCGUGUCGCCGGGUGAGGAAUUUGACAAAGUUUUUACUGCGAUUUGCAAUGGGAAGAUGAUCGAUCCGCUGCUCGAAUGUCUCAAGGAAUGGAACGGUGCUCCUCUUCCAAUAUGUUAAGAUCAUCAUGGACCAAAAAAUUGUUCAAAUUUCUGUUAUAUUACUGUUACAACUGUUUUUGUAAUUUGGAUUAUAUAAUGGGAUUACUGUCAUUAGUCUUUUAAUAUUAAGCUGUGUCUUUUUUUAUUUUUUAUUUUUAUUUUUACUCUUGUGUUUUAUUUUUUUUUCUGAAUUUAUGUACAGCAAGGAUUCUAGUUUUUUUGGUUCA